GUCCUAGGAGACGGUCGGGGUGUAUCUGUGUGUGCCUCUGGUUUUUUGAGUAUGUGCGCGAGAACGCGCGCGCGUGCGACAGUGAGCUUCCUCCCCAGGCAUAGUGCAGACCGUGCCCACGACGUUACUCUCCUAGCAGCCGCCAGCAACGCAAGGCAACAGCAGCCUCCGCCCCCUCAGCCCGGUGAUUGGCUGGCCUUGCUUAUCAUUUCCCUGUUACGGCGAGGAAAGGGCCAGUGACGCCCCCGAGCUCAGCUGCAGAAGCGACCGCCACCUCCAAUGCACAAGGUGUCACAUUUGAAAAGAAACCUGAGCCCCGGGGAGACGGCACUGAGCGACCCUGGCCUGGCUAGUGCAAACUGCGCGGCAGGGCGCCGGGCAGCGCUGGAGAACCCAGAGAGCUCCACCGCAGAACAUCCUAGCGACCUGAUUCUGGGAUCUCGGCUCCACGCUCCCAUCGCAAUUUUCAGAUUUCUCCCCCUCCACUAUUUUCCCAAAACGGAGUCUUUAUACCAAGAGAAGGUGCCGGAACUGGGGCAACCAGGACUUUCCCGGGCACCCAAGAUGCGCUCCAUUAGAAAGCGGUGGACCAUCUGCACUAUAAGUCUACUUCUGAUCUUUUAUAAGACAAAAGAAAUAGCAAGAACUGAGGAGCACCAAGAGACGCAACUCAUCGGAGAUGGUGAAUUGUGUUUGAGCAGGUCGCUUGUCAACAGCUCUGAUAAAAUCAUCCGGAAGGCUGGUUCAACCAUCUUCCAACACUCUGUACAAGGCUGGAAAAUCAACUCUUCUUUAGUCCUGGAGAUAAGGAAGAACAUUCUCCGUUUCUUAGAUGCGGAACGUGAUGUCUCUGUGGUCAAGAGCAGUUUUAAGCCUGGUGAUGUCAUACACUAUGUGCUGGACAGACGCCGAACACUAAAUAUUUCGCAUGAUCUGCAUAGCCUUCUGCCUGAGGUUUCACCAAUGAAAAACCGCAGGUUUAAGACCUGUGCCGUUGUUGGAAAUUCCGGCAUUCUGCUAGACAGUGAGUGUGGCAAGGAGAUUGACAGUCACAAUUUUGUAAUAAGGUGUAAUCUAGCUCCUGUGGUGGAGUUUGCUGCGGAUGUGGGGACCAAGUCAGAUUUUAUCACCAUGAACCCAUCAGUUGUGCAAAGAGCGUUUGGAGGCUUUCGGAAUGAGAGUGACAGAGAAAAAUUUGUGCAUAGACUUUCCAUGCUGAAUGACAGUGUCCUUUGGAUCCCUGCCUUCAUGGUCAAAGGAGGGGAGAAGCACGUGGAAUGGGUUAACGCGUUAAUCCUUAAGAAUAAGCUGAAAGUGCGGACUGCCUAUCCAUCACUGAGACUUAUUCAUGCUGUCAGAGGUUACUGGCUGACCAACAAAGUUCCUAUCAAAAGACCCAGCACAGGUCUCCUCAUGUAUACACUUGCCACCAGGUUCUGUGAUGAAAUUCACCUGUAUGGAUUCUGGCCAUUCCCCAAGGAUUUGAAUGGAAAAGCUGUCAAAUACCAUUACUAUGAUGACUUAAAAUAUAGAUACUUUUCCAACGCAAGUCCUCACAGAAUGCCAUUAGAAUUCAAAACACUGAAUGUGCUACACAAUCGAGGAGCUCUAAAACUGACCACAGGAAAGUGCAUGAAGCAAUAAAGCACAUUUCGAAGGAUAAAAACUGGAUACACACUUUUUCUAAAGAUGCUUCUGGAGAUUUAGAAACAGGAUCCAAAACGAGGCUGGGUUUCAGCAUCCACCAAUUGACUGAAUAGCUGAAAUGGAAGUCCGUGUGAAUCCACCACCAGCUGAUGAAACACCUGCUAAGUGCUCUAACUAUAAAACAUUCUGACUUCAAGGGUCCUAGUAAGUGCCACUUCCACGAAGAAUACAGUUUGAAUGUAUUAUCAGUAGUGUUUACAAGAUCCAACAGUGCACUCAUCGUUAAUUAGCAAAGCAAAUAUGUUCAUCACUGUGGGGCAGCCACUGUAAUGCCAAGCACACUGGAAGAGGAACCCAGGAGCACAGCUCGGCUCUUGGGAAAUUAAAACAUCCUUAUCUGCAGAGCUGAAGAAGAGAAGAGUUCCAACGGUGAAAUCCAUGAGAUGAAGCAACUUGAGAAAAUGCCUUCAGUCACAACACUGAGAAUGAUCGUGUUUAUGUUUUGCUUGUGUUUCAUUUGUCUUUUGAAACUUGUUUUGGUUUGGGCAUGGGAGUGCUUAGAAUAUCAUUUGAGGUACAGAAAUGGGAAAUACAUAUGAAUGAGGAAAAUAAACAUCAAACAGUCCUUUCCAAAAUUCUAAUUUUUAAACAACAGUCACACCAAACUUGUUUAUUUGUUUUGUUCUGCACAGCUCUAAAUCUCUGGAAUAUCUAUCAAUGGUGUAGCAGGUACCAGCCAAACUAUACCACUCAGUAAUAAUAAACUGUUGUAAAGGAGUGAUACUUUAAAAAUGGUGAAAUUGCUCUUGGUACCAAAGAUUAUAUCAUGUUCCUACACAGUAAACCAUUUCUCUUUCAUUAAAAAAUAUAUUAUUAACAUGAACACAUCAAUAUGCUGUUACUAUGAUACUUGGAUCUAAAUAUCUUAAAAAUUUCAAACUCAAACAUUGUUUUAAAUUUAUACCCAUGACAUUUCAUAAUAAUUUUGUGGGAGCAUGUUGCCCUGUAGAAUAAAUACUGGGUUGAUGUAGCUGAGAUGUAACUCCUAGUUCUAUAAUAUUAUCCUGGUUAUUCAGAUGCAAAGAUAAACAUGCACCACUUAAUAUCAUUUAAAAAACUUCUCCCUACAAAAUAACAUAAUUAAUUGAGACUUGUUUUUAAAACAGAUGAUUAAUUCAAAGCAGUUUGACAAUAAUAUAUCAACAUUGUGCAUUUGAAGAGAAUUCAACUAACAAGAAUUUUUCUGCAGUUAAGUCCAGUUCCAUUACUACUCCUUUUUGAAAGAAACAUGAAGUUAUUCAUAGAGUGACUUAGAAUGAUUAGAUACGUGACUGAACUGACUAGUGGGCUGGUGUUUUGUUUCUUUUGAAAGCAGAAGCUCUGAAUUCUCACUUCUGCUUUGGCCCAUAGCAACUUAAUAUGACUUCUCGUUUCUUGGGGAAAGCAGUCUGAAGAAAGCAGAAAUAGCGUGAAAACUGUGACUAUUUUGUUUUUCUUAGGACAGGCAAACUGAAAAUGAAUGAAGAGUGUGGUUAAGGAGUACAUAUAUGUUAUAUAUAAUAUAUGUAUUCAUAUUAUGGAAAAAGAAUAACCACUGUACUGCAGUUACCAGUAUUUUUAAUAGGAGUUGUCAUUGUUUUUCAAAGUUAGCAGAAUCUCAGGAUAAAAAGUGCAUUUCUGAGAAUCAUGUAUCUAUCAGAAAACAAAAUAGAGUGCACAUGGGAGUUCCAGAAUUAACAUGAAUAAUCUCAAUAUACUUUUGUCAUUAAAAUCCUCAUCUAUUUGAAAAUUUGAAAGCAUUAGCUACAUGUGAUAUGAAUGUUAAAUUUAAAGUCUAAUUUACUCUACAAAUGAAAAGUGGGUAAUGUAUAAAAUUUAUUUUGAACUCUGUGCAUAUAAGUGUUCCCCGAAGUACCUAACAUGAAUUCCAUAGAAAUACAGAAGUCACAAGUAAAUUUUAACAAGUAAAUACUAUCUUGGCACUUAUUCAAAGUAUGUAUUUGAAAGCAGCAACAUAUCAUUUUGACUGCAUUUUCAAAAAGAGAAAAAAAAGUUUCUAAACAACAUUUAGGCCACAGCAAGCACACCUCAGGCAUCCUCUGUUCCAUGCAUUUGGUGUUUUUCUCUUAGACACAUUGGGUAGUGCCUUUUUAACGUCUUCACAUUGACUCUUUACUCCCCACUUUGUGUUCUCUAAAUGCUUGCCCAGUUAGGAAAAUGAUCAGCAUCACAAGGGCUUCAGAUUUGAAAAAAAAUGAUGUUUGUUCAUCUCAGGGAACUUUCAAUACGUAAGAAUGAAUUCAAGGUAUUUAGUGCUCAAAGAAGAGAUACUGUGUGAGACCAUUUCAUUCUCUAACAUAUACCUUUACAUUUGCCCUCACACUUCAUCCCAUCAUGGCCUUCUUACAGGGAAAAGGCGUAGAGAGUGAUGAGGGCCAGCAGUUAGAGGGAGGAAAAGAGUUAUAAUUUAACACACAUGAUGGCAUAAGGGAUCAUAACAAAAUCAAAUUAUAAGUAUAUACUUGAAGUAUCUGUGUUUUCCUUAAUAUGAUAUGCUCACAGCUUUAUUGUUUUAUUUCCUUUUUCAUGAUUUACUCAUGUACCUGGGAAUGCCCAGGCAGCUGACUGUGAUAUAUCCCAGUCAUUGUGGUAACAUGGUUGCUAAUGUGCUGUGGAUGUGACUAGACCAUGGAAAUAUUCUCACUGUUACUCAGCAUGAUCUAUACUUAAUAGUAAGUUGCUGAAAGAAAAUGUGAAUCAGUAACAGAUUUUCAUGGCAAAUCUAAUGAUUCAGCCCACAGGAAUAAUGAAACUACUGUGGAAGUUUUUCUCACUGGGAGAAGGUGCUGGGCAUUCGAAUGUCUUCAUGUGUUGUGUAUCAUAUGAACUGUAUAUUGAUUGUUAAUGGAAAUCUUUACAUAUAUGCUUACAGAAAUGCUUUAUUUAAGAAGUGCUAAGGGUAGUAUACAUACCAACAAAUUACUCAGCUACUACUCAAGAAGGGUGAGCAAAGUGAUUUAUUUCUAGUUGUGCCAGUUAGUCAUAAUACAUAUUAUGUGAUAUUUGGUUCACAGAGUUGUUUCAUGUGACUAUUGUAAGAACUAUCUAUCGUUGUGGAAGGGGGAUGGGAAACGUUGUGUAUAGUUAGCUGUUAUCUCUACAAGCUUGAAAGUUUCCCCGUUAAAUGUUACCAAUAUACCAAGGUUUUAAUAAAAACAGGUAAAGGUAAUUGUAUUUGAAAAACAAACUCCAAAUACAACCCAUCUAGAAAUAGAUAUUUUAUUUAUAUAUGUGCUAUAAAUAUAUCUAUAUAGUACAAAUAGACAUGUGUGAUGCAUAUAUACCAUGUUAUAUAUGUAUAUCUGUGUGUACACACUGAGUCUGUAAUAUGUGCACAACUAGAUGUGUGUUAUACUGGUAUCUUCAGGGUCUGCACUGUGAAGUUCCCUGGAGAUCAUGACCACUUUAAAAACAGAAGUUCUUUUGAGACUUCACUUACUACUCUGCUUUAAGAAAGACCUACUUUAUAGCUGAAUUAUAUGUUCUUUCCUAGAGUAAUAGUAAGAGACUAGUAUGUUCAAAUCUUUUCAAACAAAAGUAAAGGGAAAAAAUAUGUUCAAGCUGGCAAUGUAUUUAAAUCGCGAUUUUCUGACUGUGGGUCUAGGCCGGGUGUUUCUCCUUUAUGUAGCACCUUUUAAAAAAUACUGUUUCUUUGUGUAUGUAAAAGCACAAGUGUUUUAAAUGUAUAUAGCAGGAAGGAAAAAAAAAGAGUUUACAGAUAGCUCCGCUGCAUAGGAUAAUUGCUACUGAGUCUUUCUUAUACCAUCCGUGGAAUGGGAAAAGAAGCUUUUUCUGUAGGUUCAUUCUGUUCAACACUGUUCACUGUCACUUGUGUAUAGUAAUUAGAUAUUCUUGAUUUAUCAUUUGUACAAUUGUAAAAUAAAUUAAAUUACGUUUUUUCCAA